AUGGACGAGUUCGUCGCUAUACUAGCAGCCGGUAUUACUUUAUCCACGGAGGAAGUCAAUAGGGAAUCCAUUAUAGACUUGACUGGGCCACCAUUAGGGCGUCCAAAGUCAGAUGUAGAAUUGCAGCAUAAGGACAGUGAACAGACCAUAGUAAAAAAGGAGAGGCUGGCGCAACUACCUUUAGCACCCGGAUUCUUGAAAGGUGGGCAGGAGAAAGAUGUGGCAAAUUUGUUGUCGAACGUAGAUCCGGACUUGAUAAAACAGAUACAAAAUAUAAGGAAGUUAGCGGGUACAACAGUCAUCGCAGAUCACGGUUGGGAAGAGGAACUAUCCGACGAACAAGUCUAUGAGAAGGAACCCUCGAUAGAUUGGGAUGGUGAUAUAUCUUAUGGUGGUAGUGACAGUUACAGUUCAUUUUUAGAUUUGAAUGAUUUCGAUAUGGAUUUGGAUUUCGAUGGAAGUGCACACGUCGAUGAUCGAGGGUCUGGAGAGGAAGAAGAGCAUGAUGCUCCUAGCCCCCAGGCCGAUAGUCGCAGUGGGGAGGAUUCCGGUGACACAGAUCCAGAUAUUGACCGUCGCAGACUAUGGCCAAAAUUGGUGCAGGACAUCACCGCUUGGAACUCUGCAAUAACGCGUGAAUUCAAAUUUAGACCAGAUAACAAUGACAAAAAAAUGUGUUUUUUUGGGAGAUGGUGUUUCACCAGCACAGACACCAUGGCUCUACAGUUGGCUCAAGAUCUUGCACCGAAUCAUGGGAUUCUGGUCACCAGUCAAAAUAUUUCGAAACAGGGCAAAGCAGGGAAAGUGGGUGUUGAAUUCAAAAAGGGCACAAAGUACACUGGGUGGGUACGACCAGGGUACCGCUUCUUUAGGCACACAAACGGAUGUCAUCCUAGUGAUAUUCAAGCUGCUGCAGCACAUACAGCGAGUGGUAAACUAUUCAGAUUCGACGCCUUCGGGUUACAGACUAAGAAUACUCUUCUUACUUUGUCGACACGUCAUUACGCCACCAAAAAAUUCAAGAAGACUCUUAUGAAGUUGUAUCCAAAUAAUGUGGUCAUCACUGCGCAUACCGUCAGAAAUAUCAAACUCGGUAACAAUACCUGGGGCUGGCAAUUGGCCAUUAUGGUAGGACCGGGAAAUGAUGGCAUAAUCAUACACUUUGGUGUUAUGUUAUUCUAUAUGGAAACUAAAGCCACAUAUAAGUUUGCUCUCGAUAGUUUACCGAGAUCUUUGAGUCUUGGGCCAGGGGCGCCACUCAAGACGACAGUCGUGUUUGCUGACGGGCUCCUUAGUCAGGCGGUUGUAAGUCCAGGGCAGUUCUUCUUCUCGGACAGUGGUACUUUCAAGGAUGAGAUUCUCGCAGCCCUAAGUGCAGCAACAGGAGAAAGUUGUACAAGGCACUUUGAAGCUGAAAUCCGGACUCUGGAAUCUAGAGAUGCAGACUUGGCUGCAACUUACAUUGCCAGCCUCAUGCGAAUAUCAAGACAUCUUGCUGGUUGGGGGCUGAACGAUAAACUGACUUUGGGACUCAAAGGCUCCCAGAUGAGCGAGUCCACACAUGCGCAAGUCAAAAGUUGGUUUAAGAACUUGCGACUGGAUCCGCUUACCCUCAUCAAUGGCAUUACAGAUAUGUGUAGCUUGACCCUAGUAUCGCGCAGAAAAAAGAAGUUCAACUAUGCAAUGGAAUACGGGUUGCCAUUCGAAGACAAGCCGGCGAAACCAAGAAAAUCUGAACCUCCACACAUUGAAAAAUGUCGCAUGUGGGGAUCUCGGAGAUGCACGGAGAAGUUUAUCGAAGAGGAGACCCUUAGUAAAGAAUACCCAGUCCAUCUUAUUCCAGGUGUUAGAGAUGGCCCUCCGGUUUACCAAGUCUUUCGCAUUGAACUUGCGACUGGACCCGAACGCCAUCAGGAACUGUGCUCUGGUGUAUACGGUGGUGCACGUAAUAAUGGUCAGGUGCAGUUCCUUAAAGAACUAACAGAAGUAUUGGGCCAGAUGUUCCAGAAGCUCAACGAUACAGCUCACGGUCAGGAUAUAUUUGCCGCUAUAGGCAAGAGUUUAUUGAGAUACUCUGCGUUACAACGAGGGGAAGAAGGUCCUCCUAGCAGUCUUUUCGAGGACCCCGAGACCGUACCACGUCAGCCUGGAGGACAACAAAUCAAACGUAUGCAUGGACCGGAGAGAAAACAGCAGUCGAAGAUGAAAAAGCAGAAAGUAGAAUCAGCCGCCGAAGCUGCUCCGGAUGAGCCUGCCGCCGAAGCUGCUAAGGAUGAGCCUGCCGCCGAAGCUGUUAACGAUGAGCCUGCCGCCGAAGCUGUUAACGAUGAGCCUGCCGCCGAAGCUGCUAAGGAUGUGCCAACCGAUGAUCUUGAUAAGCUAGCCGCGGAUACGAGUGCAGAUAGUGUUGUUUUUUAUUGGGAUUUGACGGCAAGGGGAGAAAGUAAAGAACACGCAGGAGACUCGACACUAUUAUAUACUACACAUAACGACCAGGAUAUACCUGCAGAUGGCAAAAACAACUUGCUAAGGGAGAGUCAUCUGCAGGUCACUCAUUUAGUGAUAAGUCUGCACCACGUAAUACCACCUCCACCUCCACCUCUACCUCAUCGAGCUCCAGCGGUAACGAACUGCUGCCAGAGUAAGGACAAGUCAACGACACUUAUUCCAGGAUGUAAAUCAGCAAACACAAGGUUCACAAUCGGUGCAACAACGCAGUAA